CGCUGAGCUCCGUGGCGGCUUGUGCGCGGCCGCUGGGGCCUCAGGAGGUUCCGGAGCCGCCUGGGUGGGUGGGGAGUUGCGGCCGGGACCUGCCGCCGCCAAGAGCCGUUGUAGAGAGAAGAGCUGUAUAACUGAUGGUUAACUGAUAUUUUCACUGCCACUUCCUUAAGUGCCCUCUUUCACCAGCGUUCUGACUGGAAAGGAGUCAGGAACAAAAUUCACCGGGGGGAAGCGAGACAGCAUUUGCACGUACCAUGGCGAUACCCAUAACAGUGCUUGAUUGUGAUCUCUUGCUGUAUGGCCGAGGUCACCGGACUUUGGAUCGCUUUAAACUGGAUGAUGUGACUGAUGAAUACUUGAUGUCCAUGUAUGGGUUUCCUCGACAGUUCAUUUAUUACUUGGUGGAGCUCUUGGGAGCUAGUCUUUCUAAACCUACUCAGAGAUCCAGGGCCAUUAGUCCCGAGACUCAGAUCCUUGCUGCCUUGGGCUUCUAUACCUCAGGCUCCUUCCAGACUCGGAUGGGAGAUGCUAUUGGCAUCAGCCAGGCCUCAAUGAGUCGUUGUGUUGCCAAUGUCACUGAGGCCCUGGUAGAAAGAGCGUCGCAGUUCAUUCAUUUUCCAACUGACGAAGCCUCCGUGCAGGCACUGAAAGAUGAAUUCUAUGGGUUGGCGGGAAUGCCAGGGGUGAUUGGUGUGGUGGACUGUAUCCACGUGGCUAUCAAAGCACCCAAUGCUGAAGAUCUCUCCUAUGUGAACCGCAAAGGUUUGCAUUCAUUAAACUGCCUGAUGGUGUGUGACAUCCGAGGGGCACUGAUGACCGUGGAGACGAACUGGCCGGGGAGCCUGCAGGACUGUGCUGUGCUGCAGCAGUCUUCUCUCAGUACUCAGUUUGAGGCGGGACUGCACAGAGAGAGUUGGCUGCUUGGUGACAGCGCCUUCUUUCUCCGCACCUGGCUCCUGACUCCGCUCCACAUUCCCGAGACUCCUGCUGAGUAUCGCUACAAUAUGGCCCACUCGGCAACGCACAGUGUGGUCGAGAAGACGGUCCGGACCCUCUGCUCCCGCUUCCGCUGCCUUGAUGGAUCCAAGGGGGCCCUGCAGUAUUCCCCAGAGAAGUCCAGCCACAUCAUCUUGGCUUGUUGUGUCCUCCACAACAUCUCCCUGGAGCAUGGGAUGGAUGUGUGGUCCUCGCCAAUGGCAGCACCCAUGGAACAACCCCCUGAGGAAGAGUAUGAGCGCAUGGAGUCCCUGGAUCUCGAGGCCGACCGGCUUCGCCAGGAGCUGGUGCUCACGCACUUCAGCUAAUGUGGAAAGUGGGAGGAGGGAGACCUUCCAGAACAUGCCAUGAACCAGUUUUCCCUAUCGCCCUACAUGACUCUAUCAGCUACUGUGAUUGAGGUUAUGGACCCUGGGCAUAAGUGGACUUUUUAAUCUGCAUUUUUAAUGGGUGAGGACUCAGCAUAGUAUCUUUUUUUUUUUUUUUUUGCUUUUUGGGUCACACCUGGCGAUGCACAGGGGUUACUCCUGGCUCUGCACUCAGGAAUUACUCCUGGCGGUGCUCAGGGGACCAUAUGGGAUGCUGGGAUUCGAACCCGGGUCGGCUGCGUGCAAGGCAAACGCCCUACCCGCUGUGCUAUCACUCCAGCCCCUCAGCAUAGUAUCUUGAUUCAUUUGCAAAUGUAUGAACUACACCAAAAUCAAGACAGUGGUUCCCUAGUAUCCAUUGAACUUACAAGUUGAAACCACUCAUUUGGCUUUUUGGUAGGGGGGAAAAGAGGGAGGUUGGGUUUAGGAAACCACACCCAGCAUUGCAGAGAGCUUACUCCUGGCCUGUUCAGUGUUCAGGGGACCCUAUGUGGUGUCAGGCACAGAAGCCUGGUCAGCUGUAUGCAAAGCAAGUGCCUUCCCCUCUGUACUACGCCUCCAGCCUGAGACUGCUCCCCUGGAAAGGUCACUUGUGUUGUAAGCACAAAAGGUUGUAGGCCUUUAUGACUGUGCCUGCAAAAUCAAAGCAAAGGAGAAGAUGGUAUCCAGCCAGAACACAUUUCUUUGUUGUUUGAAUUAUCUGAAGAUUUCAAGUGAGAAUAAUAUUUAUCUGAGAUGAAUUUAGAUAGUAUUUUAUUUUUAUUUUUGUUGUAUUGGGGCCUCACCCAGCAAUACUCAGGGGUUACUCCUGGCUCUGCUUUCAGAAAUUACUCCUGGCAGUGCUCAGGGGACCAUAUGCAGUGCUGGGGAUUGAACCCACGUCUGUAGUGUGCAAGGCAAACACCCUACCCACUGUACUAUCUAUCUCUCCAGUUCUUAGAUUGUGUUGUAGCUUUUCUACUUUGCCACUCGGUAUAAUCCAAGGCAUGUGUGAAAAACAAGCUUAAGCUGAGAAAUGGCAUUCUGACCUAAGAAAGUGGUGACUGGGCUAGAGAGAUAUAUCAAAGAACUGAGAGUAUGCUUUGCAUGCAGGUCUGGGUGUAGACCCUGAGUACCAUCAAGUAUAGCCACCUGCCCCCCUCAAAACAAAAGUUAGUAAACUUAAGUUCGCAGCUUUAUUUUAUUGUUUUCAACUUUAUUUUAUUAUAGUUUGGUUAUGCCUAGAAUUGCACCUAGUGCCUCACACAUGCAAAGCAAGUGCUCUACCCUUUGCAACUUUGUUUUUAAGAGGCUAUUAGAAGGGGGCUGAAGUGAUAGCACAGUGGGUAGGGCCUUUGCCUUGCAUGCAGCCCACCUGGGUGAUUCCCAAGUAUCCCAUAUGGUCCCCUGAGCACCGCCAGGGGUGGUUCCUGAGUACAGAGCCAGGAGUGACCCCUGAUCAUCGCAGGGUGUGACCCAAAAAGAAAAAAAAAAGAGGCUAUUAAAAAUAGUAGCACUGUAACACUGUCCUCUCAUUGCUCAUCGAUUUGCUCAAUCAGGCACCAGUAACGUCUCACUUGUGAGACUUGUUACUGUUUUUGGCAUACCGAAUAUGCCACUGGUAGCUUGCCAGGCUCUGCCGUGCAGGUGGGAUACUCGGUUGCUUACUGGGCUCUCCAAGAGGGACAGAGGAAUUGAAUCCAGGUCAGCCGUGUGCAAGGCAAACACUCUACCCACUGUGCUGUCACUCCAGUUCAUUAGUUCUUCUCUCUUGUUAUUAGAAAUAAUCUGGGGGAAGAAAAACAGUCUGGAACCUUCAUCCUUAGUUAGUCUGCAAUGCCUGGACUCUGGUUCGGAUUCAGCUCCUAGGGAGAGCACCUGGAUUCUAAUCUCAACCCUGGAUAAGAGUUGGGAGGCUAAGUGGGUUCAAGAACACAACCUGGGGCCAGAGAGAGUAGUACAGAGUGAAGACCUUGAAUGUAGUUUUCCCUGUUUUGGUUCCUAGCACCUCAUAAUGCCCUGUGAGCACUGCUGGUUUGGUUCCUGAGCUCAGAGCCAGGAAUAAGCCUUGAGCACUUUGGGUUUGGCACAAAAACAAACAAAGCAAUCUGGGAUGGAGAUGUGUCUCAGUGGAAGAGCACUUGCCUUGCAUGUGUGAGACACUAGAUUUGACCUUCAGAAACACAAAAGCUCAAUAAAAAUAAAUGAACUAGAAAAUAGUGGAAAAUAUUUUAAGUUUUUAUUAUAGGAAUCAGAGAUACUACAACAGGUAGGGUGCUUCCUUGCACGCAGCCCACCCUGGUUCUAUCCCUGGCACCUUAUAUAGUCCCCUGAGCCCACUAGGAAUGAGCUUUGAACCAGGAAUAAGCUCUGAGCACCACCAAGUAUGACCCCCAAAACAAACAAAACAUUUAUUAUAAAUAAAAGAAUCCAAAGUAAAGAAGACAUGUCCAGGCUAGGGAGGAUAGCUCAAAGGGCUGGAGCAUAUCAGCCUUUGUAUGUGGGAGCACUGAGCCAUAGUAGCAACCAGGCACUGCCGGGUAUAGCCCCAAACCUAUACAAGUCAAAGAUAGAUUAAGAGGACAGAGAGAUAGUAUAGAGGUUAAAGUGAUUGCUUUACAUGUGGCUGAUCCUCGUUUCAUUCCUCAUGCCACAUGUAACCCCUGAGCAUGACCAGUAGUGAGAUCGGGAACAGAGCAAGGAGUAGCUCCUAAACAUCCCUAUGACCCAGUGAACAAAAUUAGGGCUGCAGGGAUAGUACAGGAGAUAAUGUGGUUGCCUAAAAUGCGGCCAACCUCAGUUCAAUUCCCAGCAUCACAUACAGUUCCUGAGCACCCCAGGAGUGAUCCCUGAGCACCACUGGUAUGGCUCAAAACCACUCAAAAAAUAUAGGUAGAUAAAUGUAAAAUAGCAAGUCUGGAGAUACAGUACAGUGGAUAUAACACUAGCCCUCCACAUGGCAUCUCCAGCAUCCCAUAUGGUCCCCCAAGCACCACCAAGAGUAAUUUCUGAUGUAGAGCCAGGAGUAACCCCUGAGCACCACUAAGUAUGGCCCCCAAACCAAAAAGAAAUAACAAGUUUACACAUUUUUCCCCUUUUUUGGCCACACUCCACUGUGCUUGGGGAUUACUCCUGACUCAGUGCUCAGGAGACCAUUAUAAGGUGCCGAGUAUUGAACCUGGGUUGACUGCAUGCACAGCAAGCACCUUACCCCCGAUACUAUCUCUCGAACCCCGCAAGUGUACACUUUAAAAGGGAUCCAAGGUCGGCAAUGUAGCUCAGUGCUAAAGCAUUUUCCUUGAAUGUGUUAGACCCUGGGUUCAAUUCCUUGCACCACAAUAAAUAACAGAAUCUGAAGACCCUGACAGUUUGAAACACAAAGAUAUUUCACCCAUUUGGGGGACAAAACAUCUAAAUAGAGCAUAUUGGACUAGAGAAGAAGUAAUACAGUAGCCAAUCCUGGUUUGAAUCCUGGCACCACAUGUGGUUUUCUGAGCAUUGCCAAUGGUCAUUUCUGAGCACAGAGCCAGGAAUAGCACCCGAGCAUCACCAGUGCAGCAAAAAAUGAAUGAAUAAAUCACAUUUCUUAUAAUCCUGAUAUUAAGAUGUCUUUUUAAACAUUCUAUUUUGAAACUUCUUGUAUAUAAGUAUUUAGAAACUAAAGAUGGUAAAUGUGAAAGUGUUCAAACAGAGAAGUAAAAGAAAUACAGUUUCUUCAUUUGAAAUUAACUUCGGAGUUAGACCUACUUGACUAUCUUGGGUGCAAAUGAUGGACAGAAUUUCUUAGGAAAUACAUACUCCCCAACCAAGUCUUGUUCUAAAAUUAUACUGAUAUAAAAAUAACCUGAUUAGAAUAAUGAAAGUGUGAAUUAGGUUCACACAUUGGUGCCUUUCACUGGGACAAAAAAGAGACUUUCCUGAGGAUUGUCUUGUUCCCAGUUUCUCAGCCAGUCACCAUGUGACACCUCCAAAUUGUCCUCUUGGAUCAUUUCCUACCUGCCUUUGGCAGUGUUAAUCUGGUGAUUUUCAAAGUAAAGAAAUGAGCAGCUGAUGACAGAAGAAAUUUGGAAAUAAGCUGAGAGUGACUCAUCCUCAAGAUUAAAAACAAUUAUGAAUUAUUAUCUGCUGUUUAUUUCUAUUCCAAAUGCCAUUUCCUAUCGUCAUCCUACUCUUGAGAUUGGAACCAUUUUACAGAAGGUUGAGCGUCAUUUGUCCAGUGAUGUAACUGUGAUGGGAGUAGAUGACCAAGAGCUUUAGCUCUGGUCAUUGUGCAAUCAAGGUGUCCUGUGACAUGUUUUCCUCUGUAAAGGUUACCUUGAGGCUCAAGCUCGCUUGUCUCCUUGAUACUUUUAAUUCUCACGUUUUUUUCCAUGUUUCCUGAGACAAGCAUUUUUCCGCAUGAUGAAUAUUGGAUAUAUGUCAUAAAUUCAAGUGGAGUGUGGUCCUGAUUAAUGCCCAACAUUUUUGCCUUCAAAAAAUAGGGACGAGGGCUGGAGAUAGUUCAAAAUAAUUUUUAUGCCCCAGCACUUAUAUGAUCCCUGAGCAUAAUAGUCCCUAAUCACCGAACCAGGAAUAGCCCUUGAGCACUGCUAUAUGUGCCAUCCCCCAACCCCAAAACAAAACAAAAUGAAACAAACAGAAAACAGUGCCAGGGAGAUAGUACAGGAGUUAAAACACCAGUUUAAUCCUUAGCACCACAUGCCACCAAAGGACCACCAUAUGUAACCCCUCUGAUCAUUGCUAUGCCUGGUGAUCUCUAACAUCACAGGGCCCAAGACCACUGUAUCCUAGGGCCAUUGUAGUGAACAAUCUGAUCUGUUUGAAUGAGAGACUUGCCAGGAGUUUCCCCAGUUAUUUGAGCACCACUUAGGAGUCCCCUCUUCAAGGAAAAAGAUGCAUUUACGCAAAAUUGUGGUGGGGAAGGGGGUUAAACAAUGGUACAGUAGGUAGGGCACUUGCCUUGAAUAUAGCUGACCCAGGAUUUCAUCUCUGGCACCACAUAUGAUUCCCUGAGCUCUGAGCCAGGAAUAAGCCCUGAGCACCACCAAGUGUGGUCCAAACUCCCACCCCCCAUCCCCCCAAAAAAAAGGAAAAUUGGGAUUUUCCACAACUUUACUCACUAGCUGGUGACAUGAAGCCUGAGUGGGAGGAACAGUCUUGGAGAUAUUUCAAAAGCAAUUUCAAGCACAUUACUUGCAAACUAAAGAUAAUUUGUAGGUGCUGAGCUGACAACAUUGGCUGCAGUAUUUUUUCCCUGGGAGUACUUUUUCCUUAAUGAUUACGCAGAUUGACUGUUCAGAUCCACUUCUUUAACUUCCCUUCCACCUGGAGUUUUACUGGCCAGGAUUUUUUUUCAGUUUAUAGUCAUACUUUCCCCCGAAAUCAUCUAAGGGAGUGGUCAGAAUCUGUACUUCCAAACUGUCAAGAGUUCCGGGGCUGAAGUUAAGGUACAGCAGUUGAGGCACUGGCCUUGCCUGUUCCUGGCCCUUUUUCAAUCCCUGGCAUCUCAUGUGAUCCCUUGAGUACCACCACCUGGAGUAAAUCCUGAGCACAGAUGCAGGAGUACCUGCUGAGCAUUGUUGGUGUGACCCAAACACCAAAAAUUUUUUUAAAAAUUAGUAAAUUGUCAAGUAUUCACUUAUAAGCACUUUCUGAGUGCCUGAAAAAUGUGAAGUUCAUGUUGUGGAUUUAGGUGUCAUUGCGGUAGAGUUUUAGAAGAACGUAAAGGAUGAUGCCUGUCUAACAUUAGAAAUUUCCAAGAACUAGGGCCGGAGCAAUAGUGGGUAGGGCGUUGACCUUGCACACGGCUGAAACUGGGUUCGAUCCCUGGCAUCCCAUAUGGUUCCCCCAGCAAUAAUUCCUGAGUGCAGAGCCUGAGCAUUGGUGGAUGUGACCCAAAAAGAAAAAAAAAAGUAAGGAAGAAAGAAAGAAAGAAAGAAAGAAAGAAAGAAAGAAAGAAAGAAAGAAAGAAAGAAAGAAAGAAAGAAAGAAAGAAAGAAAGAAAGAAAGAAAGAAAGAAAGAAAGAAAGAAAGAAAGAAAUUUCCAAGAACUGAGCAGGACAGGGGUAUGACUUGGGGUAGAUGACUUGCCCUUGCCCUGCACAUAGUCAGCCUGCAUUGGAUUUCUGAGCACCGCGUAAUGAAUAGUCACUGCUGGGAGUGACCCCCCCUUUUUUUAAUGUUUUAUUAGAGAAUCACUGUGACGUACAUUUACAAACUUAUGAACUUUUGUGUUUUCAUUUCACUCAUACAGUGAUCGUUUUCCCAUCCCUCCACCAGUGCCCAUUCACCUCCACCAAUGAUCCCAGUAUCCCUCUCACCAUCCCCACCCUGCCUCUUCAGCAGGGCAUUUUGUUCUCUCUCCUUUUGGGUGUUGUGGUUUGCCAUAGAGGUAUUGAGUGGCCUUCAUGUUCCGUCUAUAGUCUACUUUCAGUUCGCAUCUUCCAGCCCGAAUGAGUGACCCCCUUUCUUUUCUUCGU